UCUCAUCUGCAAGAAGAUGAAUCCACUGUGGUUCUUCCUCUUUCUGCUGUCAGCUCCCAGAGGUGUCCUGUCCCAGGUGCAGCUGCAGGAGUCGGGGCCCAGCCUGGUGAAGCCCUCGCAGACCCUCUCCCUCACCUGCACGGUCUCCGGAUUCUCAUUAACCAGCUAUGGUGUAGGCUGGGUCCGCCAGACUCCAGGAAAGGGCCUGGAGUGGCUUGGUGUGAUGGUUAGUGGUGGAAGCGCAUAUUAUAACUCAGCCCUGAAGUCCCAGCUCAGCAUCACCAGUGACACCUCCAAGAGCCAAGUCUCCAUGUCACUGAGCAGCGUGACCCCCGGGGACAAGGCCGUCUAUUACUGUGCAAGAGGCACAGUGAUGGGAAGUCCGUCUUACCCGGAUGUCUCCGUGUUUGCAGGUGUCAAAUGUGAGGAGCAGCUGGUGGACUCUGGCGGAGGCUUUGUGCAGCCUGCGGUGGGGUCUCUGAGAACCUCCUGUGCAGCUUCUGGAUUCACCGUUGCUGAGUAUGCCGGGAACUGGGUCCGCCACGCUCCAGGGAAGGGUCUGGAGAUGGUCACAGCCAUUAGUGGUGAUGGUAGUCACACUAAAUGUGCAGACUCUGCGAAGGGCCGAUUCACCAUCUCCAGGGACAAUGCCAAGAACAUGGUGACUCUGCAAAUGAGCAGCCUGAGAGCUGAGGACAUGGCCGUGUCUUCCUGUGUGAGAGUCUCUUCAAUCUUUGAUUACUAUCACUAUGGACUCAUAGACAUCUAUUGUAUUCUUUGGUUAAAAUCCAAGAUUCUGUGA